AUGACGUCGCUCUCGUUGUCGCUAACGUUUCUCGCGCUCCUCGUCGCUUCGACGACGGUAAUGUCGAUCGCGUCGACGAGGUCGAUGACGAAUACGACGACGAAGAGAAGCGUUGUCGAUAAAAGAGAGACCGCUAUAGCGUUCCUACGCAAGUACUGUUACCUAGAGGACAACGUGGAUAACUCGUUGAUAUCCGAGAGCGCGUUGAAUCACGCUGUCUCGCUUUUUCAAGAAUUCUAUAAUCUACCCAUAGAUGGUGAAUUAAACACAGAAACGGUGCGUGCAAUGAAAAAACCGCGUUACGGAGUUCGAGACAUCGAGACGCGUCACUCGAACAAGGAGCACAUAUACAAGUGGCCGACGAAUCAUCUCACAUGGAACUUGCUGUUCGCCUCUAGAGCGAAUCUACAAGUAGCGGAGCCAGCGUUCGCGCUGUGGGCAGCGAAUUCCUCACUGACGUUUACACGCAGCAUGCACAAUCCUAACCUAGUGAUUUCGUAUAAAGGUGGAGUACUCGCUCACGCGUAUUAUCCCAACGGAAAUAUCGAACAUGUAUCUGAGGUACAUAUUGACAAUGAGGAACAGUGGCACGUGCAGCUCACUGAAAAUCCAUGGAAUAAUCAUCAGUUGCGAACGCUGACUCAUGAGAUCGGACAUGCGAUAGGAAUAGAGCACAGUCCACACGACGAUUCGGUAAUGUACGUGUUCGUGCCUGUUAAACAGUGGUCUGUUACGCUCAGCCUGGAUGAUGUUCUGGCUGUGCAAAACCGUUAUGGAUCUAACCCGGAUGCACCUAAACUACCACCGGUCUCUACAUUUGUCCCUCUGACGAUUGCACCGCCAACAACAACAACGACGACGCCGCAGCCGCCGUCGCUGCCGCGUAAACCCAAACCUCUACCGUUACCUAGGAACGCGUGCGAGGUGCGCAAUCCCGACGCAAUACUUUUAACAACCACCAUUACGUUUAUUACAAAAGAUAAAUACGUGUAUAUAGCCUCUGCGAACUGGGGUUUGCAUAUUUACCCACGUCUGUUGACAGAAUACUUGCGCUUUCUCCCAUCCAAUUUUACAAAGUUGGGUGCGGUUUAUCAACAACCAUCCGGCGAGCUCGUGCUCUUCGCCAAUGGUUACGUGUACUUGGUUUCCUAUCCCAGUUUACAAUUGCAAAACAGUUGGCCGCGCAGUUUCUCUGAGAUUGAGUUGCCUAGCGAUGCUGUCAUUAACACUGCGUUUCAAUCUCCUACGGGGCACACCUACAUCAUUUUCAACAACGAUUCCGUGGCCGUUGUAGACGAUUGUCACUUGAGAAUUAAGGAAUACAGCAAAUUGAAACUGACGUUUCCAGGAGUUCCGUCAA